GACGUUACCAUUUCCGGUCACUUAAGCUGCCUGCAGCGGCGCAGGCGUGCGUGUUUGCUGGUGACCUGUGUAUGGAGUCAGUUGGUGCCGGCUGCGGCGCGGAGGCAGGAGGCGGUGUCCGAGUAGGGGCCUUUGCCCCGCCAGGAUGUUACCGGGCUUGGCCGCCGCCGCUGCGGCCCACAGAUGUAGCUGGUCCUCUCUGUGCCGGCUCCGUCUGCGCUGCAGGGCGGCGGCCUGUGUCCCCAGCGAACGCCAGGAAUGGCAGAAUUUAGUGACAUUUGGAAGCUUUUCAAACAUGGUUCCCUGUAGUCAUCCAUACUUUUGUACGCCGAGUCAAGUAAAGCUGUACUCUACAAAUGUUCAGAAAGAAGGACAGGGAUCACAAACUCUCAGAGUGGAAAAAGUACCAUCAUUGGAUGAAGCAGGUAUGUAUACAUCUUUUAAAGUCAAUUUUUUUCUGUAUUUGUUCCAUGAAUGUUUGCUAGAACUUAUCUGUAAACUGAUCUUAUUGGUGUUUUUCUGCAAUUCUGGAAUUCUACAAUCUCUGUCACUAUCCCUUCAAAUAUCUUUCCCAUUUUUCUGUUAUCUCAUUUUGGAUCUCUAAUUAGAAAUAUAUUACGUCUUGUUUUA